AUGCUCUCUGACCUCUGCUAUCGUGCCGUCGUGCUGUCUGACCGCUGCCCCGAUCUCUGUCGCCAUGCUGACCUCUGCUGUCGUGCCGCCGUGCUGUCUGACAUCUGCUGUCGUGCCGCCAUGCUGUCUCUGACCUCUGUCUCCAAGAGCCUUUGUCUCUCAUCCUGCUACGAACCUCUGUCACCAGCUAGACUGUCUCCCUCAAUGCUUGAGCUGCCGCUGACCUCUGCCACGAAGCUCUGA